AUGGACAAUUACACAGGGGACGCACUUUUCCCACUUGGCUUUCUGGCCAUUGGUGUCUUGGCAGCGGCUCUGCUCUUGUUCAGACGAGAUGAUGAGCUCCCUCUUCGUAAUGAUAAAGCCCCGACGGAACUCUUCUACACAAACGCCAAAAAGCGAUUUUCAAAUGCUGCAGCUGACAUGCUCGAGUCCGGCUUUGGCAAGGCCAGAAAGACGUUUCUCUUGAUGACUGACUACGGUCCUCGAUACAUCGUGCCGCCGGAAUACGCCCAGGAUCUCCAGAAUCACCGUAGCAUCACCGGGAAUGGUAUCAUCGAUGAGAACUUUCAUUCAGAUAUCCCCGGCCUUGAAAUAUUUAAAAUGGAUUCGUACAAUGGCAGACUGUUGAGGAGCGUUAUCCGAAAGAAGUUGAAGGGCAUUCCACUUGAUGUAGAUUGGCACGAGAUAGGUGUAACGGACACGAUCCUCGAGCUCAUUGCCCGUGUCACUACUCGGGUAUUCUGGGGAGAGCAGCUAUCACUCAACAAGGCUUGGCUGCGUAUUAUCCCGGAGUAUACAAGAACGGCAAUUAUGGCUGCUGAGCAGCUGCAUUUCUGGCCUAAGUCGUUGCGCCCGCUAGUUCACUGGUCGCUGCCAAUUUUCCGAAAGCUGCGUUCAGUCUUGGCAGAAACACGCAGUCUGCUGGGAGUCGUCCUUGAAAAAAGGAAGGAAACCCCCGGGAUGCGUACGGAGGGCAAUCCUGAUUUCCUCACUUUAGUCGAAUGGCUUGACGAACUCAGUGCAGGGAAGGAGUAUGACCCAGCCCUUAUUCACCUGGCUUUUUUUUCUGUCAGUCUUCACACCGCCACAGACAUGUUGUCCCAAGUGGUCUAUGAUAUCUGUGGGCGGGAACAGCUGGUGCACCAGCUCCGGGAUGAGAUAACCUCAAUUAUAUCCCAGGAUGGGGGCUUGGUAAAAGGGUCGCUGGAGAAGUUGAAGCUACUGGAUAGUGUGAUGAAGGAGAGCCAAAGACUAAAACCAGCUGCCAUAGUGGGCAUGCAGCGGAAGGCCAAGGAGGAUUUUCAUCUUCCGGAUGGUACGCGAAUAGCAAAAGGCCGACAGCUCAUGGUUCCUGUCCACCGUAUGUGGGACGACUCGAUCUAUCCUAAUGCACAGGAAUUUGUGCCUGAUCGGUUCUUGAAGUUGCGGCAGAUUCCGGGACAGGAGGACUUGCACCAAUGUGUUUCGACGAAUCCUGCUCACAUGGGCUUUGGCUACGGGGCUUAUGCUUGUCCUGGUCGAUUCUUUGCCGUCCACGAGAUCAAGAUUGUUUUGUGUCAUUUGCUACUGAAGUACGACAUGAAGCUGGUCAACGGAAGGCCAACCCCGCAAAAGCAUGGGGUUAUGUUCGCUGCAAACAUGCUUGGUAGGAUUUCAAUUCGCAGACGCCAGGAAAUUUCUAUUUAG